GUCCAGUCAAGCAAGCUUCAUCAAGCUCUUCUCUUAUGAUCACUACCAACGACUUCAACGACUCGUCACCGCUUAUACAACACCUAUCACUGCAUAUCCUCAUAUACUUCAACUAAUGUGAAGCACUGCGACUACAGACUCCACAGCUAUAAAAGCUUCGAGCCGUGUCUAUCCGAAAUCGAGCGAAUGUUUGCGACAACUUCAAUACUGCGACUACUCUCAUCAUUCCCAUACCCGAUCCUCCCGUAUCUCUAUUUAUAAGCGAACAUGUCUUCUCCCUCUAUCCUCGAUCGUAUUUCCAGUCCAACCCAGCGACUCCUCAACAACCCACUCCGUAGCCCUCCUAUUCGAGAAGUCAGCGAGUAUGACUUAGACGAGCUCGAACCUCGAAGUGAAGACCCUCUCUUCGACCAGGAACCCCCACGCCCGAGACUUAGAAAGACGGCCCAACCUACUUCUACCACAUCGACCCGGCGAUCUUCAUCACCUGCUUCGUGGGACAGCAAGCAUCGCUAUGAGAAUUCACCUUCUCGAAGGAGGUCGAAAGUUAUCUUCGCAGGACCACCACCUCCGAUCGCAUCCUCAGUCUUGAUUAACCAAGAUCCCGCACAGCAAUCAGUCUCCCCGAAUCAUAGCGAUAGCGGGCGAGGGUUUGGGUUGCUUUCGCCAAGUCGCUUUGGGUUGAGUGACAGCCCGAGCCAGAAGCAUUUAGAUAAUCGCCCACGACUCGACUCGAUAUGGAGAAGCUUACAGCGACGAGAAAAGGCUUUGGAACGAGAUAUUCAACAACUUUUAGAUCUUCAAGCUUCAGGCUUGGUUGCUGGUAGCGGAGAUGGGGGUUCUGAAAGCAACUUUGGAAGCGAUACUGGUACUGGGGAGAGUACUUUUUAUUCGACGGCUACGUCGAAAUCACGAAUGAUAAAUUCAUUACAUAUGCCGGUGCGCUCUGCGCCAGAUGGAAGUGUUAUACCUGUGCGACAACCCGCUCCAAGCAAACCACGCGGCCUCAAAUCAGCUCGAGCUGGUCUCCAGCGGGCCAUGGCUGCUUUAUCAGACUUGAAAGCGGAGGAGAACUCGCAUCUGAACACGGCGCUAGAACAACGAAAGGACGCUCUGGCAUACCUUGACAAAAUGAGCAAGAGGAGGGACGAUAUAUAUGCUGAGCUUCAUGCCUUGGAAGACGACGAAGAAGAACCUUUGGGCCAGGAGCUCCGUGAGCUUGGGGCUGAACAGCAGGCCUUGGAUCACGACAUACGAAUUCUAGAAGAGAAAUUGAUUGCAAUGCGAAAUCGGCGUAGAUGGGUGCGAGAGAAGAUAGAAGAUGUUAAGAAUCGACGAGAGGCUGGCCUCAGUGGGUACAGAGCUGCUGGUCGAGACGUGGACACAGAAGUAAAGGCACUGAUACAAAGACCCCCUGUUACUCCGUUGGAUAUAGAUGCUCUCGGCGCAGGUGCAAAAUCUCGGUCUAAGGAGAAUACUGAUAUGCUGCGAGGUACCGAGUUCUUGCAGCUCAGACCAGAGCGCAGGACGGUAGAAAUGGCUAGAACGUGGUGGCAAGGAGAAAUCGCUGUGCUUGAGCGUCGCAAGACCCAAAUAUCAGAAGACAGCCAGGCUUUGAUUGAAGGCUCCGAAGUUUGGUCUGAAGUUACAGGGCUUGUCGCACAAUUCGAGGCGAGAUUGCGGGAACUGAUCAAAGCCAGUCAAGCGGGAGAUGCUGACGAAGAGCCGCAACAAGCCGCGAUACGAGAUCAGUUGUCCCAGAUGGACAAUGUUGUUGAAGAGUUGGGAAAGCGAUUGCAGCUGGCUGAAUCAAAACAUUGGAAUCUCCUUAUAUGCGCGAUCGGCGCAGAGCUGGAGGCGUUCCUCGAGGCCAAAGCACUGCUGAGGAGAACGCUCGGAAUAAUCCCAGAUGAGUCGGUCACUACAGAGGAUCAUCCUGAACAUAAUGGAACACAAGACAAUACGGAAGGGGAACCCCACGAGAAUCCUGAAGAAAGUCACGAUGAGAGCGAUAACGAAGUUCCCGCUGACUUGUUGGUAUCUCGGUUUGAGGACCACGAUCGUGAUCCUCCGGACAGCCCUCAACAACAGAGCGUAGUGUUGAGACGGGUCAGCUCUGAGGACGAGGUUCCAGCUGAGUUUCUGGCAGAGCACAAAGAACAAACCAAGAUCGACUAGGAAGAAGAGUUUGGGACGUUGAUUAGGCUUAUGAGUAAUGACACGAAGGGAUGGGUAGGUUUAAAUAACUCGGUUCAGGUUGUUGGUUAUUCCUAAUGCAAUUCACGACAGCAGGAUAGAAGCUCAUGGCCUUAAUGGAAUAUCAGUAUCAUUGAUCCAAUUCACAUGCAUAGUUA